AAUGACUAAAAACGUUGCAUUUCUUAAACAUGAGGGACUGAAUGUGUUUUUUGUGAACACGAGGGACCAAAUGUGAAAUCGAUGCAAACUUGAGGGAUACAAACUGUAUUUUUCCCUACAACUAAUAUAUAUACAUGCCAAAAACCAAGUAAAAAAGCAUCACCAUUCCAAAAACAAUGGCAAAAUCAAUCACUAUCUUUUCCUUUUUCUUUUUCUCUUUUAUUGUCUUAUAUAGUCCAGCAACAUGUUUCAGAAGUAACCAAACAGAUUUACUUUCAUUGCUUGCCUUGAAAGAAGCCAUAAAUGCCGAUCCAAACGGAGCACUAAACUCGUGGAAUCGAACGACAAACUUUUGCGCGUGGAACGGAGUCACAUGCGGUCGCAGGCACCCGAAUCGAGUUGUUGCCAUAAAGUUGGGCUCUCAAGGCUUGAUUGGAUCACUCUCACCUCAUAUAGGUAAUCUCUCAUUCCUUAGAGAAAUCAAUCUCCAAAACAAUAGUUUCAGCGGCCGAAUUCCCCAGGAAAUCGGCCUUUUAAGACGACUUGAGUAUAUAGAGUUUAGCAACAAUUCUUUCACGGGAAGAAUAAUGCCCAAAAAUAUUACCCAAUGGAAGAAUCUAGUUUAUCUUAAUUUGAUAGACAACAAUCUCUCUGGACCUAUACCUUCGGAAAUCCAAUUUUCGGAGAAACUAAGAUAUCUAGGCUUGGCUAAGAACAAAAUUUCGGGAGUAAUCCCUCGAUUUAUUGGAAAUCUAACAUCUCUAAGAACCCUUUAUUUAAGGUUUUGCGAUUUGGAAGGAGAAAUUCCGGAGUCCAUUUCCCAACUUACGAGGCUAAGUAAUCUUAAUCUGGGUGACAACAAUCUCACAGGCACCAUUCCUUCAAGUUUGUUCAAUAUAUCCACUAUUGAGCGAUUUGUAGUUGAUUUUAAUGGUCUUCACGGAUCCAUACCCUCUACUAUAGGCCUCACUCUCCCUAAUUUGAGUUUUCUUAGUUUGGGGAGGAAUCGAUUUAGUGGAAGGGUUCCAAUUUCAAUAUCGAACGCUUCUUCACUUGAGUCUUUGGUGUUAUCAUUCAACGAUUUUACCGGGCCAAUGCCAAUGUUCGGAGGUCUUUCCCGGUUUAGUUCCUUAUACGCCGCAAAAACCUUAGUUGAAGAUGAUUUUAGUUUCGUUUCAUCGCUCACGAAUUGCACGAACCUACGUUCUUUUGAUCUUUCGAGCCCAUUCAUUAGUGGUCAAAUCCCAGAAAGCAUCGGAAAUCUUUCAGUUAACCUUGCCGCUAUAAGGAUUAGUGAUACCCAACUACGAGGAAAAAUUCCAUCGGGUAUCGGAAACCUCGUUGGUCUCACUUACUUGUAUCUUGUUAACCAUUAUCUUGAGGGUCCUUUACCUUCGGAGAUUGGGAAACUUUUUAAUCUGAAUAUUCUCAACUUGGCACAAAAUAGGUUUACGGGUGACAUACCGUCUAUAUUCGGAAACUUGAGUUCGAUUACUAAAUUAAACUUGUACGAAAACAAUUUUUCCGGAGCUAUUCCUAAGAGCCUUGGUAACUGCACAAACAUGCUAGAGUUAAAUCUUUUGAGAAACAAUUUAACUGGCCCCAUACCUCAAGAGAUUCUUAUUUCCACCAUUUCUAUUUCAUUGGAUCUAUCUCACAAUGCAUUGACGGGUUCGAUUCCAUCUCAAGUCGGAUCUUUGUCGAGCCUAGUUAUGUUAGAUUUCUCCAACAAUAGAUUGUCUGGACUUAUUCCGAACUCUUUAGGAACGUGCAUUAGCUUGGAACGACUUUACCUUGAGGGUAAUUUAUUCGAAGGACAAAUACCGCAGGGUCUAAGUCCUCUGACGGGCUUAACAUAUUUGGAUCUUUCGCGAAAUAAUUUAUCCGGGACAAUCCCAAGUUUUCUUGGCUUGUUACGACUUGAGCAAUUGAAUCUAUCGUUCAAUAUGUUGCAAGGACAAGUGCCAACAACCGGAGUGUUAAGAAAUAAGACCAUAACUUCCCUACAAGGUAACGAAGAAUUAUGUGGAGGAAUUCUUGAGCUAGACCUUCCUCGUUGCACUACAUCUUCCUCGAAGAAAAACUUAUCAACCCCACUCAAAAUCGCGAUCCCAAUAGUUGGAGUUGCAGCAUUGCUAUGCAUCAUCAUUUUUCUAUACAAGAGAGGAACACACAAAAAAGUUUUGCCUUCUCUACCAUCAUUUAUGGGUACGCAAUUCUUGAGGCUUUCCUAUUCCGAUCUACUUAAAGCGACGGGUGGAUUUGCCGAGACUAGCCUAGUGGGGGCCGGAAGUUUUGGAUAUGUUUACAAAGGUGUACUUGACGAUGGAGUGACGGUUAUAGCUGUGAAAGUGCUUAAUCUUGUUGUGAAAGGGGCCUCUAAGAGCUUCUUGGCGGAAUGCAAUUCUCUAAGAGGCAUACGUCACAGGAAUCUCGUGAAAAUAUUGAGUGUGUGUGAGAGCAUAGACUUCCAAGGAAACGAUUUCAAAGCGUUGGUGUACGAAUUUAAGGCUAACGGGAGUUUGGAUAAAUGGUUGUACUACAACGGUGAACAAGAAGAGGGAUCCGAUGCACAACUUAGAAAUCUCGAUUUGAUUGAGAGGCUCGAUAUCGCCAUCGAUGUUGCUCAUGCACUGGAGUAUCUCCAUUCCGGUAUUGGUUCGGUAAUUGUUCAUGGAGAUUUGAAGCCGAGUAAUAUUCUUUUAGAUGAAGACAUGACUGCUUGUGUCGGUGAUUUCGGAUUGUCCAAGAUUGUUUCGAGUGUACUUCCACCGCGUGAAAAUAGCAGCACAAUUGGGAUCAAGGGUACAAUUGGCUAUGUCCCUCCAGAGUAUGGGAUGAGUAACGCGAUCUCAACAGAGGGGGAUGUGUAUAGCUAUGGCAUCCUCAUAUUGGAGAUGUUCACAAAUAAAAAGCCAACAGACGAUUCGUUCAUGGAUCAUGCCAAUCUUCACAAUUUUGUUAAUGCUGCGUUGCCGGAUCAUGUGAUGGAAAUUUUGGACCCCCUCGUUCGCAUUGGCCCUCGCGAGAAUAACAAUAAGUUCGAGGAUUGCAUGUCUUGCAUUCUAAAUAUUGGAGUGUUGUGUUCGAAGGAAAUGCCGAGAGACAGGAUUUCUAUGUCGGAUGUUGUUAGUGAAUUGCGUAAAAUUCAAAAAGAAUUAUCUUGCUAGUUGAAGAACAAAAUUUGCUGAUUGAUCUUGUGUUCCCUUCUCUUUCUUUUUUUCUAUGUCAUGUAAUUUUUUGUUUAAAAGAAGUGUGUAAGAGUAAGCUUAUCGAAAUAAAAUGUUUAGUAUCUUUA